ACGCGCGCACAGCCCGCGUGCAGACACGCGAUCUAACGAAAGUGAAAUUAUCAUGAUGAAAAUAACAGUGCGAUCGGUUGUGUUUUGUAUAUUAGGGUUAGCCGUGGCCGAUCCAAAUGAUUCUACUCAAAUUGAAAACUAUGAUCAGAAAACGAAGCAGUAUCAAUUAGAAGUACCAGGACGAGACUCAAUAACUGUUAUCGAAGCUCAUGAUAGACAACCACAGUGGAAGAAGAAAUUUGGAAUCAAAAGCACAGCGGACGAUGCGGAAGUAAAGAACCUUAUGACUCAUAUUAUUCAUGAUUUAGAUGGUAACGAACCGAGAUGUUACGGACCUUCGUGUCAAGAAGGAUACGCAGAAGAAGAUGGUUUUGAUGAAUACGCACUAGGUGAAGACAAAUUAAAGGACUUUCGUGACUAUCCUCUAGACCGCUUACAGGCUAUCACAGCAUUAGCAGCCAAAUUGAAAAAGGACAAAUACAAACACGAUCGUUUCUCUCAAAUGGAAAGUGGGGAAGAAGACAAAGGUAAUGUAUUCACAACAUGGAAUAGACUAAAGGUAAAACAGCAUAAGCAUCCUUUUGAUGACAAAGACGGCUGGGUAACUUUAGAACCUGUAGCUUGGUCUACUAGCAAGAUAUCUAAGUGGAAGCCUAAUAUAAAAAAACAAAAGCCCAACCAGUGGACUGAGGACGAUAGUCGACUUCCAGACGACGAUAGAUUUGAAUCACAUCAAGGCACUGGAAGCAGUUACAAUUAUCAACAAAAAAGACCCAGCUUAGCGCGUCCAGGUUUUAUUAAUAACAAGUUACACGUACCUCAAGACUAUGAACCGGAAUUACCAUCCAAACCAACGUUUACAACAUGGAGUAAGCCUCAGCAAGCUUCUUAUCCUUCUAUGUGGGCUCCAGAUGAUGGACGACGUCCUCAUAAGCCGAACUGUGAUACGGAUGAAAACUAUACAAACGAUGAAGAAGGAUAUUAUGGAAUGUCAGACUCAGUUGUUACUGACAAUCGUCCAGCAAAUUUCCCUUAUGAAUACGAAGCUCUACAUCAAGCACAAAGUUCAAUGCAAAAACGCCCCUUGCGUCGACCAACACAAGUAGUUUAUGCAGGUUCCCCAGAGUACGACAGUGAUCGUUCCUCAAGACCACCAUAUAGUGACGGACAGUGGGUUUUGCUUUCUACCACCAAAGGCUAUAAGAACAAAAAACGCCAACGUUCGCUGAACUACCCAGCUCCGGAAGACGGUAAUGACGUCACAACAAUGACGUCCCAUCAAGCAGUUGCUUUAACUGUGUUGCCAGUGGACAAAGCACAUACAAACAUGACAACGUCACACGGUGGAUUAUUAGAAGUAGAAAAAAGCUUCCAAACUGUCGAGGAGUCUAAGCGAGAUUUAGACAAGAAAAACGAUUUAGAAGUUGCUGCAACGCAAAUAAGGCCAAAUAAAAAUAGAGCUGUGAGAAGGAAAAUUAUUCAGAAUUCAUCUCCUGACAGUUCGACUCUGCUUGCGGCAGUUGGAGCGGGUAUGGUGCCAGCAACCAUGGCCAUGGUUGUACCCAUGAUGCUGGGACGUCGUCGGAGAAGAAGAGACUCAAGAGAAACGCUUGAAGAAUCAAUUGACAAGUUUCUACACAAAUAUCUUUAGACUGAAUACUAUAUUUGUGUGAUUAAGUUUCAAAUUCGAGACAUUUAUUCUUGAGUUAAUUCAAGAUAGUUGAAGUAAGGAUUGUGUGAAUCUCUGAAUUCUAUAUUUUUAUGGAAUUAUUUGACGUGAUAAUAAUCGUUGUAAAAUUGUACAAAGUGAAUCUGAAGGAACGGAAGUGGAUAUUAAAAAAAGAAUCUGAAGGAAGGAAGACAUCUCUCUGUGUUAAAAAUAUCGAUUGCAUUUAUGUGUUUUUAUUUCAUUUUAUUUAUAUUUGUCGAUUUCGUGUCUUUUAGAAGGAAUAAGUUGUUGUUGAAUAAAAAUGCGUUAUUAUUAAGUUAUUUUAUUUUAAUUAAAAUAAAUAUUUCUUAACUAAACUCGUGUUUCAUUCAAAAUAGUAAUGAAAUUUUAGAAUUUCAUAGCGAGAAAAGGUAAUUUUGGCAAAGUUUCUUCGAUUGUGUGUUUUAUUGGUCUUGUAUCGUUUCUCUUUAGUACUUAUCAUAAAUUUCUCCCGGUCGACUGUAGAUGUUCCCUGUUCGGAUGGCUUCCAUCAGAUAUUUGACGCCGAACAAGCAAACAAUGAGGAGCAC